AUGUCGUUUGUACCGUACGGUAAAGAUCCUCAAUCCUCAAACGACGACGUUUGUGGGUUUAACACCCUCUUUGAAACCCUACAACACAAGUCAUUCUCGCUAUCCUCCACUCUUCGCAUGCGCAUCCUCAAUUUCCUAACCUCAUCGAUUCCACUUGGCCACGCUCUCUUCACUCGCCUCACUCCUUCCUCGCCGUCCCUCUCUCUCCUCCGCCGCUUCACAUCAACCAUGGCCGCCGAGGAUAAUCUCCGCCAAGCCCUCUCCGCUAAGCUCUCGGAGGUCGAGAGCCAGGGCAACCAGGUCCGCGCUCUCAAGCAAUCCGGCGCCGCCAAGCCCGAGCUCGACGCCGCCAUUGAGGCCUUGAACGCGCUCAAGCUCGAGAAGGCGACGAUCGAGAAGGACCUCCAGGCAACCAUCAGCGGCGGCGACGGCGGUGGCUCCUUGAACAAGGAGGCGUUACGUCAGGCUGUGGUGAACACUCUGGAGCGCCGUUUGUUUUAUAUUCCGUCUUUUAAGAUCUACGGCGGCGUUGCGGGUCUGUAUGACUACGGUCCUCCUGGCUGCGCCGUCAAGUCCAAUGUCCUAGGGUUUUGGCGUCAGCAUUUUGUACUUGAAGAGAACAUGCUGGAAGUUGACUGCCCGUGUGUCACACCUGAGGUCGUGUUGAAAGCAUCUGGUCACGUAGACAAAUUCACCGAUCUUAUGGUCAAGGAUGAGGAAUCUGGGACUUGCUACAGAGCUGAUCACCUUCUCAAGGAUUACUGUAAAGAUAAGCUUGAAAAGGACCUCAGAAUUACCUCAGAGAUGGCAAUGGAGUUGAAGGAAGUACUUUCAAAAUUAGAUGUCCUCUCUGCUGAAGAGCUGGGUCAAUGUAUUAAGAAAUAUGGUAUUACAGCCCCUGACACAAAGAAUCCUCUCUCGGAUCCUUAUCCGUUCAACCUGAUGUUUCAAACAUCAAUUGGUCCUUCUGGUGUGAGCACUGGGUAUAUGCGUCCGGAAACUGCUCAAGGGAUUUUUGUGAAUUUCAGGGACUUGUACUAUUACAAUGGGAACAAGCUCCCUUUUGCUGCAGCCCAAAUUGGGCAGGCUUUCAGAAAUGAGAUAUCACCUCGCCAAGGUCUUUUGAGAGUCCGUGAGUUUACUCUGGCAGAGAUUGAGCACUUCGUUGACCCCGAAGACAAGUCUCACCCAAAAUUCUCUGAUGUUGCACAUUUGGAGUUUCUGAUGUUCCCAAGGGACGAACAGAAGCCUGGCCAGUCUGCAAGGGUAAUAUCCCUACGUGAAGCCGUUUCUUCUAAGGAUUCAAAAGUUGUCGACAACGAAACCCUUGGCUACUUUAUUGGGAGAGUAUACCUCUUCCUCACUAGUCUGGGUAUUGACAAGAACCGGUUAAGGUUCCGGCAGCACCUGGCAAAUGAAAUGGCUCAUUAUGCCCAGGACUGUUGGGAUGCUGAGAUUGAGACGUCAUACGGCUGGAUUGAGUGCGUUGGCAUUGCAGAUAGAUCUGCAUACGACUUGAAGGCUCAUUCGGAGAAAAGUAGAGUUGAUCUUGAGGCACAGGAAAAGUAUUCUGAACCAAGAGAAGUUGAGAAAUUGGUUAUUUCUCCUGUGAAGAAAGCGAUCGGUCUUGCUUUCAAGGGGGACCAAAAGAAAGUACUUGAAGCUUUGGAGGCCAUGAAAGAAGAAGAAGCUUUGAAAAUGAAAACAGAUUUAGCAUCAAAAGGGGAGGUGGAGUUUUAUGUAUGCACUCUGGGGAAAACCGUUACUGUUAAUUCAAGUAUGGUAACAAUCUCAAAAGAGAAAAAGAAAGAACACCAGAGAGUUUUCACGCCCUCGGUAAUUGAACCAUCUUUUGGUAUUGGUCGGAUAAUCUACUGCCUCUAUGAGCACUCAUACUACAUGAGGCCAAGUAAAGAUGGGAAUGAACAGUUUAACGUGUUCCGGUUCCCCCCUCUUGUGGCACCCAUCAAGUGUACAGUUUUCCCGUUGGUUCAGAAGCAAGAGUACGAGGAAGUUUCGAAAGUCAUUUCAAAGUCAUUGACCGCAUCUGGGAUAUCACAUAAAAUUGAUAUUACAGGUACCUCCAUUGGGAAGCGAUACGCCCGAACUGAUGAACUUGGUGUACCAUUUGCUAUUACCGUUGAUUCCACUUCUUCCGUAACAAUCCGCGAAAGAGAUAGCAAGGACCAAAUCCGGGUUGAUGUCAGUGAAGCAGCAUCUGUUGUCAAGGAUAUAGCCGAGGGGGUGAGGACAUGGGCAGAUGUGUGGUCGACUUUCCCACACCAUUCUUCUGGUUCAGCAGACGAGUAGAUUUUGGGUUAAUAAAAAACCAUCAUAAUCAACAUAAGCUGUAGCUUUUCCUUUAUUGAGUCUGGAAUUUUGUUACAGUACAAAGCAUACUUGAUACAUACUGGUUCUUAAAUUUGUGCGCCAGUGUCUAUUGUCAUUUUGUUUUACUUUUACCAUUGCUUUACAAAGUUGUGCAACAACGAAGCAUUCCUCUUG